AUGAGAUACGCUCUGCUACUCGCAGCCAGCGCUGCUUUGGCGCUCGCAGGGCCCCAAGGCCACUCCAAGCGGGCCUCGUCCUUCGUUUGGUUUGGCGCAAGCGAGUCCGGAGGAGAGUUUGGCAGUGGAGAUAUUCCAGGUGCACUGGGAACCGACUACAUUUGGCCGGAUACUUCGACUAUUCAAACGCUACGUAACGCGGGUAUGAAUAUCUUUCGAGUGCCGUUCUUGAUGGAGAGAUUGGUUCCCGGUACCUUGACCUCGGCUUUAAAUGAGACCUAUUUCGAAGGUCUGCAGAGUACGGUCGAGUUCAUCACGUCCACCGGCGCGUACGCUAUUGUUGAUCCACACAACUAUGGACGAUACUAUGGCGAUAUAAUCACCUCCACGAGUGACUUUGCUGCAUUUUGGACCACCGUGUCAACUCAGUUUGCAUCGAAUAGCAAGGUCAUCUUCGACACGAACAACGAGUUCAAUACGGAGGACCAAACACUGGUACUGGACCUUAACCAGGCAGCCAUUAACGCCAUCCGAGCUGCUGGUGCCACCUCGCAAUACAUUUUCGUGGAAGGAAACUCGUGGAGUGGCGCCUGGACAUGGACUUCAGUCAAUACCAAUCUGGUUAGUUUGACGGACCCCAAUAACAAGAUCGUCUACGAGAUGCACCAGUAUCUCGACUCGGAUGGGUCCGGCACUUCAGACGUAUGCGUCAACACGACUAUCGGUCAGAACCGUGUUGAAUCAGCGACAGAAUGGCUACAAAGCAACGGGAAACUUGGUUUCUUGGGCGAGUUUGCCGGUGGUGCUAACUCAGUCUGUGAGAGCGCCGUGACUGGAAUGUUGACCUACUUGCAAGACAACAGUGAUGUCUGGCUCGGAGCAUCCUGGUGGGCUGCAGGGCCUUGGUGGGGUGACUAUAUCUUUUCCAUGGAGCCGCCCUCCGGAACUGGAUAUACUUACUAUAUUGAUAUCUUGUCUGCCUACUUCCCCUCCAGUUCAGGCAGUUCAGGCAGCUCUACAACCGCUUCCACGACCACAUCCUCCACAUCGACAUCUUCUAAAUCGACAACUACUACAACAGCCACGACCACCAAGGCUACGACCACCUCAACCACUACUAGCACAGGAUCUACCAGCACUGCGGCCGCAUCUCACUAUGCACAGUGUGGCGGCAUUGGCUGGACAGGGGCAACAACAUGUGCCAGUCCGUAUACUUGUCAAGUGCAGAAUGCGUACUAUUCCCAAUGUCUAUGA